UGUAAUAAUUCAAUGGACGCGGUAGGACGGUCGAAAUGUUACUGUAAUGAAAAAAAAGUACUUCCUGUCAGUGACGCGGGUAUUCUACUUUAAAAAGUAAUUUCUCUUGACCGUGAAAAAUAAAUAGGUUUAAGGUGUCACAUAAGCCUGGGUUUUUUGCUAAAUCAUUCGUAAACACCUGCCCCAUGGAAACCGUAGUAAUGGAAGAGGGGGAGUGUUCGUCGCCAGUAAAUACGGACAAAAUUCUGACAGACUUUUCUGAUCUCGAUUUUGAAAUAGAAGAGCUCGAUGACAAAGAAUACAGUAUUCCACCAGUGGAAAAUUUGCCUACCCUGGAAAGCAUCUUAAAUGAGCCUGAUGAUCAUUCCAUAAGUGAUGAGGAAUUGUCUACUCAGCUUGGCCUUUUCAGUGAAUUAGAUGAACGCACUUCUCUGAGUAGUGCUGAAUCCCGUAGUCAAAAAUCCGAACGCAGAUUUCAUAAAAUACCCCAUUAUGGCAUUCAUGGCUCGAUCCUUCGACAUGUGGUACUCAGGGGAGUAUCUUCUCAGAUUCAGUCAGCUUCAGAAAGGAUUAAUGCUGGAAAGCCUACUGCCAUGGCUGUUUCAUCUCUGAUUGCAGUGGGGACUUUUCAUGGUCUUGUUUUAAUAUUUGACCCAAAACAGGUCCUGAAGUGGUGUCUUGGUAAUACUUCUUACAGUGAAGACUAUGGAUCUGUUUCAGCAUUAGCUUUUAAUGGAGAUUGCUCUCGUCUCCUGUGUGGUUAUGCUAGAGGACAGUUGACAAUGUGGGAUCUGACAAAUGGCAAGUUGUUGAGAACAAUAACGGAUGUUCAUCCCUUGCAGACAGCAGUAUUGCAUGUUAAGUUUACAGAUGACCCCACUCUGGCAGUGUGUAGUGACAGUGGAGGUUCUGUGUUUGAAUUAAACUUCAGGAGGGUCAUGGGAAACAGAACCUGUGAAUCACGGUGUAUUUUUUCUGGAAGUCGUGGAGAAGUAUGUGCAUUAGAGCCUCUAAGGAUGACAGUCAAUUUCAAACAUCACUUUGGUCAAGAUGUUUGUCUGCUAGCUUUAGCAACAGUGACAAAAGUGAUUGUUGUAACAAUAAGACCUACACUUCGAGUCUACUUUACUCAGCUUCUGAAGGCUAACCAAGACACACUUCCAGUGUUAGGAUGGCAGUUUGUUCUUAUUCAGAUUUCAGCCAAUCAGCGUGUAAUAGACCCUGUUCUUGCAUUUGGACGGCAAAGUGUUCUUUACUUUUAUCAGGUUAGCUUUGCAACAGCAGAAAAGAUCAACUUUAUUCCUCUUCAGAAGAUGGACCUACAACAUGUUGUACAGAACUUUAUGUGGUUAAAUUGUCGUACAUUGGUUACGAUGGACACAUCUGAACAGUUGCAUCUUAUUGAUAUUCGCAGUGCAGAAGAAUUAGAGGUCCUUGACAUUGGAGAUGUUCAACUUGUAUAUGGUACUAGUCACUACAAAGGUUUAGCAACUGGUGGGAAUGUUAGUAAAGCCAUGGCUGUUGCAGGAGAAAGAGCUUGUUUCUAUUCAAUGGCAGGAUUUGGAUCGCAACUAUUGCUACUGGGAUUAAAGUCUGUCCAUGUCUUCAGUCCACGUACCUGGAGUGAAGUAAGUUAAAAGUUGCAAUUCCUUAUAAAACAACUUAAAUUUUUAAGCUCACAGCAUUAUCAGGUGAUGACUUUAUGCUGGAAUCAUGGACUUUAUGAUGGCAUCUUCUACAUUUACAACCGUGGAAUGGAUGACUAUAUAACUCCUUUUGAAGAUCUUGUAGUGGUCUUACAGGAAGCUCUUGAGACGGGUAAACAGCUUAGUGACAGUCAUAUCAAAUUAGGAAACAAAUUGUUAGUGUAUAUCAGCUGCUGCUUAGCUGGACGAGCCUAUCCAUGUGGAGAUAUUCCACCAGAAAGGGCAGUUUCUGUAAAGACAGAAAUAUUCAAGUGUGUAACAAAGCUCAGGAGCAGGAAAGAAAGUGAUAAGACUGUGUAUCCUUAUCUGAAGACGUUGUUGUAUUUUGACACCAGGGAGUUCCUGAAUGUACUGUCUUUGGCAUUUGAAGAGGCAGAGUUUAGUACUGAACCAGGUAAAGCUCAGAAACAGCGGAUUGUUGAUAUACUUCUCCAGAUCAUGGUACAGAGUGAGGGAUUUUCUCCUACUCAAGUUGGAGCUUUAUUUACCUUUCUGGCUCGACAAAUUGCCAAGCAAGAAAAUAGCAUUGUGGUAAAUCGUUUGCUCUUUGAACAAGUUCUUGAGUACUUGACUAAUCCAGGAGAUGAAACAAGAAUAGAAGAAAGACAGCAAGCUUUAAUGGAGUUACUUCAGGCUGGGGGUUUGGCUCAAGUAAAUGAGGCUCGACUAUUAACACUAGCAGAAAAGGCUAAAUUCUUUAGGGUGUGUGAAUAUCUUUAUGAAAAAAGAAGACAGUUUGAUAAGAUGCUUCUUUGUUACCUAGAUGAUCCAACAAGAAAGCCUCAAAGUUUCUAUUAUGCGAAACAAGUAUUAAACAGCCUAGACCAUUCAUCUGAAGAAAAGGCUUCCUUAGAAUCCCAGAUAUUGUUGAGUGUUCAGGAACUUGUAGAUAUAGACAACAAGAAGACUUCACGACUACUUCUUGAAUUUAUGCCUCACUUGAUACCUGAUGUUGUAACAAGGUUAAAUGAUCAGUCAAGUCUACUGUACUAUUUUCUUCAAGGAUUAUUCAGCAACAGAGAAAUACGGACAAGUGAAAGAUCAGGAACUCCAGGAAAGGAACAGCCAGUUAUACCUCCCGAAGUUCAUGAAAAGUACAUUGAAUUGAUGUGUGUUUUUAACAAGAAUGAAGUUCAUAAAUAUAUCCGUAGUGCUGAAGGUUAUAGACUAGAAGAAACUCUGGAGAUUUGUAGGAAACACAAUGCUAUGGAUGCUACUGCCAUGCUUCUAGAACAAGCAGGUGACGUUCAUGGGGCCUUCAACAUUUUACUAGAAAAAUUACAAGGAAUGCUGCAGGAAGUGAGAGCCCGACUUACGUCCAGUCAGGAAGUGUCAAGUGGUAGCUUAGCAGUUGCUUGGAGUGCUCUUGAAAUACAACUCAUUUUAGUUAUUCAGUUGUGUCAGCGGAAUUCUGGUAAAAUGGAUCAAUCAGAAAGAGAGGCACUUUGGUUUCCAUUGCUGGAGACAAUGAUGUUACCACAACGACAGCUUCGAGGAAAGACAACUGUGGAGAAUCUGGAAGCCUUCAAAGAACUUACACGACAUCUGUUGAAUAGUAUGAUGGGCUACAUAGCAUUACCAGCAAUUUUACAGCGGAUCCUACAGGAUCCUGCUUACAACACAUCUAAGUUUGGUGAAGUGAGAGAACUCAUCAUGGGAAUGUUGGAAACUUACAACUAUGAAAAGACUCUUCUUCAAACCACAACUAAUCUUUUGAAUAGUGACUUGCACAAUCAGCUUGCUCAACUUUGCUUAGUGGCCAAAAGUGCCUUUACUUGUCAUUUUCCUUGCUGCAAUCAUUGCCUGAAAGAAUACUCUGUUUCAGGAGAUGUUGCAGAUAUUGUCUUUUUCAGGUGUGGACAUUCCUAUCAUAUCAAUUGUCUUGAAAGUACUCAGUUUAAAACAAGAGGAACUAAUGAUGGAGAAUGGCUGUGUUACCUCUGUAUUCAUGGCAAUCAACGUAAACAAAAGAUGCAAGGCUGUCGCAUCAGUCAUAGAACUCGAUCCAUUCCAGGUUCAGUUGUUCAUCAAGCAGAAGACAAUACUCCUAGAAUAUCUAGAAAGGUGACAUUGGACUCGCAUCAGUUGCAGGCUUUAGAUUAUCUACGACAAUUUCAACGUUCACCAUCUAGGCUAAAACUUCUUGAGGAGCUGUCUCGUAGUGAUCACAGUUGAGAAAUUGGUCAGUUUGUUUCCCAGUUGUACUCCGUUUGGUGUCUUACAGAAGACGAUGAAGUUUUAUGUCCAAGUUUUGGGUGAUAACUUGUAAAUAUCACAACAUGUCUCAGUUUUUAGUUAUGUAAUAUUGUGUGUAAUUAGGAAAUUAUAGGGUCGAAAAAUAGUAGUACAUGCAACUUGAACAUAUGAAGAGAAAACAAGAUCAUCUUAUUUUAAUCACAGUGAUCUGAGAAGUUAUCAGAAUAAUCACACAAAUAUACAGUUAUGCAAAAUGUAGAAAUUUAAAUGUCAUUGGGAAAUACAUAUAUCAUGAUCAUGGAGGAAUCAUUAGAAUUUAACACAGUAAAAAGUAGUGAAGUGAGCAAUACAAACUUUACAUUGUAUACACCAAUAGAAAAAAAAGAAACCAAUUACAAUAUUUAUGUUAAUUGUAAAUAUAUAAUUCAUUAUAAACUUUAGAAAGUAUAUGCAAAUAAAAAGAAGUGGAAAAACUAUCACUAACUUUAUCAAAUUUGUUCAGUGAAGAAGUUGGAAAGCCAUUUCAAAAUCAACACAUAAUUUACAGAUUGGAAUUAAUUAAAAAAAACAUUAUAAACUGUAUAUAAUACACAACAAGGGUCAUCAGUUAGCUGUGAAUGAAUCUGACCAUUUUAUAUAUAUAUAUAUAUAUAUUUUUUUUUUUUAUAUACAAUUAAGUAAUUUAAGAGCAGUGCAGUGGUAAACACUACCAAACUUCAAGUUUAUUAAUCUUACAUAAUUAAAAGUUCUGCUUGCUAUAAGUUUUAUAUAAAUGAUAGUUACAACAAAGAAUAAUUUAAGUGAAUACUUUUGAGACGUAGUUUUAUUUUGCAUGAUACAAAAUUGUUAUUGAGGAGCAGAUGGUCCCCAGGUGGGACAGUGGUAAGCCUAUGGACUUACAUUGCUAAAAGUCGAGGUAUCAAUCACCACAGUGGACAUAGCAGAUAGACCAAUGUAGCUUUGUUGUAAAACAAACAAAUGAGCAGAUAUUCUGUUCCAAAUGUCAUUUUUGAAUUGUAGAAAAGAUUUAAUUAACUCUGAAAAUGAUUUGGGUCAUGCACUAAUUACUAACAUUUUAAUAGUCAUAACUGUUUGCAUUAGCUGUUAUAUUAGUGAAAUACUUAUGUUUUUUGUGUAAUUACAGUUUCAAUGUAUAAAACAUUAGUUUAAGUUCAGAAACAUUAAAUGAAACCUUUAAUGAUGCAGGUUGAUCAGUUGGCUAAGAAAAUUGCAAAUUUUUCUAUCACUUUAGUACCAUUACACAACUUCAAAAGCAAAUUAGAUUAAAACAUGAUCUGUAAGAACAGUGUUGGGUAUAUUUCUUCGAUAAUCAUAAACUAAACUUCAUGCAUUUCAAGAUUUGUAAAACUGUAUUAUGUUAGUUUUCUUUAAUUCAUACAUGUUUUGCUCUAUUUAUGUAGAGAUAAUGUAAAUUGAUUCACUGAAAAGUAGAUUUUGUUUUGUGUGGUAUACAGAAGUACCAUAAAAGUUACAGUCUGUUGAAUACUAAAUUAUACUUUUCUUCAAAAUAUAAUAAUUCAUUGAAUAAUAUGUUAGGAUAUCAUCAUAUGCCCAAAGUUAUUGGUUAUAUAUCAGUUAUUAUUACAGUUAGGUAAUUCACCUCAGUUAGCUUUUAAACUAAUUUACUUCUUUAAUUAAAAUAAAUAUAUAAAUUAAGUGUUAUUUGAUUUACGGUACUGAUAGUUUUGUUAAGAUUGUGGGUUUUUUUUUGUAAACAUUCGUUGUACAGUUAUUAUGCAUUACACUGUAUCAGAGAAAUAUGAGUUUUUUUGUAAUAAACAGCAGUGUCUAUCUUUCAGGAA